AUGGAUCCGAAGGAGGGGCGUCCGGGCAGCCGGCCGGGCUCGGCUGGGAGCAGCACACGGCCCGGUUCGUCACGUGGAGUCCUGGCAAGCGCCGGAGCCAGCAUCAGCGUGAAGGAGUCUCUCGACAUCCUGCGCGAUGCCUCGAAAUCCACUGCCAAGGCACUGGAAGUUCAGCAGGAUGCCAGGGCAGCAGUCGCUGGCAUGAAGGAGGCGGCAGAGCGGCUCGAGCAGGCCACGACGGCUGCUGACUCGACGAGCAAGAUGACCAGCUCCUUAGAUGAGAAGUGGGAGGAGUUCAAGAGGAAGUUCGACGAGCUCAACCGCAUGGCCGUCGAGAAGGUGAUGGGCCUCGGUGGUCUGUCCUCAUCAGGCCUCCGCCCAGCUGAGCGAAUCUCCGUGGCACGCGCGGCUCAGGUCCUGCGGCGCUCGCGGAAUCUGGUCGUGCUUACGGGGGCUGGCAUCAGCGCGGAGAGUGGUAUCCCAACCUUCCGGGGUGCCGACGGCUUCUGGACUGUCGGGUCGAAACACUAUCAGCCGCAGGAGUUGGCCACCUGGGAGAAGUACAACGAGAUGCCUGCAGAGUUAUGGCGGUGGUAUCAAUACAGGUGGGGAAUCUGCCGGAAGGCCAAGCCGAACGCGGGACAUUUCGCCCUGGCUGAGCUGCAGAAGCUCGUGGACGGUGAGUUCAAGCUGGUCACACAGAACGUGGAUGGCUUGCACCUGCAGGCUGGAACUGAUGCUAGCAAGCUUUGCGAGAUCCAUGGCAGAAUCGACGAGAUGCGCUGCGACGAGCGUGUGGAGGGCGCCUGCCUCUACAAGGUAGACCUGAACGACGUGGCCAACCUGGAGCGAGCGCGGGCCACGGUGAUGCGGACCCCGGAGCCUGCGAAGGAAGAGAAGGAGGAGUGCCUGCCAAUGUGCCCAAAGUGUGGCGUGAGGCAGCGGCCGAAGAUCCUGUGGUUCGACGAGACUUACAACGAGGCCUUUUUCCACUGGAAGACCGUCAUGGAUCAGAUGGAGACCUGCGAUGUUCUGCUCAUCGUCGGAACGCAGCUAACCACGGGGGGUCCGAGGUCGAUGGUGCGGGCGGCGCAAAAGUCCGGGACCAUCAUCAUCAGGAUGGACACGGAGGUGGAUUUGAAGGAUGACGCCACGGCUGGCAUGCUGCACCUCGAAGGGAAAAGCGGCGAAGUGCUGCCGAACCUGCUGCGCGAAGUCUCCAGGCUCCGGAAGGAGCCGUUCCUGGCUCCCCUGGCGCCGCCUCCGGCGCCCUCCCCGGUCGCCUCUCCUGCGCCCCGGGCGCCGAGCCCUGCGCCGAGCUCGGCGCCCCGUGCGGCCGCGCGGGGAUCUUCGACGCCGGCAGCCGCCCGGGCGCCCCGAGCCCCGAGCCCCGGGCUCCGGGAGGCCAAGAGCUCGAAGAGCACCGCGAAGGUCGCUGCGGGUGGGGCCGUAUCGCCUCCGGCACCGCGGGCACCCUCUCGACGAAAGGCUCGCGCUGCAUCAUCUGCGGGGGCGCCAGUGGGCUUUUUCGUCUACGGCACCCUGCGGCCAGACGACGACUCCCAGGCUUCGUGGACCAAGUCCUUCAACGAAGGAAUGGAAGCCCAAGCCGCGUAUUUGCCGGGGGCCUCGCUUUACAUCGAUGGCCGCUAUCCUGCCGUUUGCUUCGAGGAGACGAGCUGCUCAGUGCGAGGGAUGUUGCUGACGCCCUCGGCCGAGAAGGCAGGGCUGCUUGCUGCAAAGCUCUCUGAGGCGGAUCAGAUCGAAGGCUAUCCCGACUUGUACAGCCGCACUGUAGCAACGGUCCUCAACGAUGCGGGCGUCGCGACGCCUGCGUACGUCUACCAUCGGACGGGCAAGUUCGACCGCGCAAGUUGUGAGCGCAUCGCCGACGGCGAUUGGCUUUCCCGGAAGCGGAGCUCUUAG